AUGGCGUCUUCCUUCGUGGCCGGAGAGUGCUUGGUUCACGCUUUAGGCCCUGGCGGGGAACUAGAGCCUGAGAAACUGCCCCGAAAGCUACGGGCCGAAUUGGAGGCCGCAGUGGGGAAGAAACACAAGGGCGGUGAUAGCCCGCGUGGCCCCGAGCGCCUGGUUUCCUUCCGUCUGAUCCGAGAUCUGCACCAGCACCUGAGGGAGAGGGGCUCCACGCUCUAUCUCCAUGAGCUCCUGGAAGGCAGUGAAAUCUAUCUCCCAGAGGUGGUGAAGCCUCCUCGGAACCCGUUAGUCGCCCGGUUGGAGAAGAUUAAGAUACAGCUGGCCAACGAGGAAUAUAAGCGGAUCACCCGUAAUGUCACCUGCCAGGAUUCCAGGCAUGGUGGGACUCUCGGUGAACUGGGGAAACAAGUGAGGUCAGUGAAGGCUCUGGUCAUCACCAUCUUCAACUUCAUUGUCACGGUAGCAGCUGCCUUUGUCUGCGCUUACCUCAGAAGCCAGUAUAUAUUCACAGAAAUGGCUUCGCGGGUGCUGGCUGCAGUGAUCGUGGCCUCUGUGGUGGGGCUGGCCGAGCUGUAUGUCAUGGUGCGAGCAAUGGAAAGCGAGUUGGGAGAACUCUAACCGAUGCUUCAUGGACAAAUUCUGGAAAAGGU